AUGCUCUACGAGCCCGGAGGCACCGAGCACGGCUUCCGGUUACCCCAUGCUCCCAUUCAAGCAUCGUCUCUACCAGACAAGGUCUCACUAGAGACACCGUCAUCAACGCCGAAGAAACCGGUCCGUUCGUCUAGAACCCUAGCGACGCGGGAUCUGCGCAAAGUACUCAUCAUCACCGCUGAACAGACUCCCCACGGCGCCGACGAGUUCGAGCUCUGCGGGCUGACCAAAGAAGAGGCUACUUUGGUCGAUGGGACGCAUGGUCACAGAGGCACCGGUCAAGUUCGAGUGACGGUAUCAUGGCUACCGUGCGUUUGCGGGAUCAGGGUGAUUGUGGACGCCGUGAUCGGGAAGGUGAUUGGUGUGCAUAUUGCUGGUAGUGUGCUUCACGAUGGGAUCGUAGAUGUCAGGAAGACUUAG